GGUUACAGGUGAUUGGUCGAUAUUACCCCUGCUUUAAUGACUAAAAUUACCAACGUUGCCCCUAAUUGCUUAAUAUCUUUCUCGCCAUUUUUGUACUUUCUGUAAAAUUCAAAGGCAGAGACUCCCACACUAGCAUUUCCAUUUCAAAAUUUGUUUUGAAACUCUGAUCCUCUUUCUCUUUUUGAGAUCACGGUUUUCGUUCUUCUUCGUUUCAUGCUUCUGCAAAAAAUGGUAGCGGUUCAGAAUCUGAAGGAAGCAGAGAUCACGGAGCAGGAUUCGCUACUUCUGACCAAGGAUUUACUCCGUAUUGCUAAAUUAAACAUCAGAGUCCUCUUUCAUGAGAACGAUGCUUUAGAUAUGAAGAUCAAGACGCUAAGGCAAGUCGACACUGAACCACGGCGAUUAAUUGACUGGAAUUGGAUGGAGAAAGGAGUCAACGAUGCGCUGCAGAGGAAAUAUUUGAAGACGCUUGUCUUCUGCAUUCGUGAUGGUCCGAUGAUUGAGGAAUACUCAUUUUCUUUCAGCUAUUCAGAUUCUGGCAGCCAACAUGUCACUAUGAAUGUCAAUCGUAAUGGAAAUAAGAAACAUGAAGGAACCCCCAAUCAAAUGAGUACUUCAGCUUGCAAAAUGGUCCCUACACUAGUUCAGCUGUUGAGGACUCUUGACAAAACGCCAGAUGAGCGCACCAUUGUGAUGAAGCUUCUGUACUACGAUGAUGUGAUGCCACCAGAUUAUGAGCCACCUUUCUUCAGAAGCUGCACAGAAGAAGAAUCUAAUUAUGUAUGGACAAAGGAUCCUAUGAUAAUGGAAGUUGGGAUUAUUUAUAGGAAACAUCUCGUGUUAGCUUUAACGGUCAAGAGCUUGCUUGAUCCCUCUGAGGAUGAAAAUGAUGACAUGCAAGAGCAUGGGAAGAGCACAAAACCUGAUUGUGUACAUGACAACCAGCCUUCUGACACUGAUACAGAUAGCGAGAUCAGUCAAACACAAGAAAAUCAAUUCAUUGUGGAACCAGUUGAGAAACAAGCAGAUGCCAAUAAUGGGGAGGUCGAUGAAGAUGCCACACAGAAUCCGCUUGAAAAUGAACAGCAGUUAGCAAGGGUGAAGAACUCACGUCAGCUCGAUACUCUGGAGCUCACAGAUAUUCUUUCAUACUUCCAAGAUACCUCACUUGUUCUAUCUGAAGAUUUCAUGGAUCAGCUCGAGAAAGAAGGAGUUCUUUCGAAAACGGGAGAGGAUACGUACAUUAGAAACAGAGAUAAGGCUGCGAGUUUGAGAAUUGCAGGGGGACCUAGAAUCCCAAAGGUGCAGCGGCAAUAUCUCAAGAGAGAAGUGAAUGUCUUGGGAAGCAGCAGGGAUGUUGAUUUUUCGAGACCCAGACCAAGAAAAGACAGAGGCAGACAGAAUGUUCAAUGCAUCUACUUUAAUAGUGGAUAUUGUCGAUAUGGAAACAGUUGCAAGUUUUCACACCGAAUUAGUGGAGAGGAAAAGACCAGUUCUGUUGCAACGAUAAUGAAAAUCCCUGAAAGGAAAAGAAUACUUUCUGAACUUCCAGAGAAGAUAAAGAAAGAUAUGGAGUCCGUCAAUAUUUCAGAGAAAUAUGCGAAGACAUGCCUCGGUGAGAAGAGAUAUGGGUUCAUAAAGGAAACGAAGCGGAUUGGUUCACUAAAAGUAUCAGACGAUAAGAAGUUUAUCGUUAUCUACUGGAUGACACAAGGAGUGCUAGAAGUUUUUCUACUAGAUGAGGAGACCAGGGAAAGGCUCAAAGAUGCAUCUGGCUAUAUUCGAGACCAAGGUACCCAUGAUCUUUGCUGGACUUAUGUCAGCUCUGACAUGGUAAGCGCCUCCAGAAAACUUCAUGGAUGGGAUUUAAAAUAUACACCCCUGUGUACAAGGUAUUUAUGUCAAAACCUUGACCCAGAAGAUUACAGGGGAUCUCUCAAACGUUGUGAUGAAGAUGGUGGUGGUCAUCGUUGUUAUGAAAACGAUGUAGAAAGUACUUUGGCCUACAUUCAAAAAUUUGGCAUACCCGAAGAAGAAGAGGGCAAGGAGGUUUUUGUAUGUAGGGAUAGACGUGUUCUGUGUAAAGAGGAUAAACUCCACAAGAUUACUGGUAUUUUUAAAUACCCAACUCUUGAGGAAGCUUUGGUUCGUCUUCGAACACAUCCUGUUGGUGCGACACUAUUAGGGUUUGACGGUUGGGAUGGAGAUCAGAUUUAUCGCGGGCCAUGUAGUAAAAAAGCUAAGUUAGCAGGGCUACAUGCGGUAAUAAUGAUUGAUUGCUUGAAAAUUCAUGGCGAAACCGUUGUUGUCUGUAAAAGUAGCAGUGGAACGGAUCUUGGGAUGGAAGGUUAUAAAGGUUACAUCGUUGUCUCUGUCCAAGUCAUGUUAAUGAUAGCUGGUAAGACAGAGACUGAAGAAAAUAGGGGUCACCGUAAUUGCCAAGUGAAGCCACAACACCUUCUAUAUGACUUCUAUUCUGUGGAUAUGGACUACAAAGAACCACGAUUUGACAAAGAGGAUACAGAGCAAAAAAGAAAGAAUGAAAAAUUCAAGGUCAAAAUUGAAAGAUAUAGUCAGCAGGUUCCCCCUAGGAUUCAAGGAGAUCAUAAACGUAAACAACAUCAGAAACAUGGAAAACCUCAGAAACGUCAUAACAACUUAUCUCUUAGAGGAACCAAGGACUCUGACUCCGUUGUCAUGGAUUACGUUGAGAAUGUCUCUGGUGUCAAGGUCUUUGAUCCACAUCAUCACCACAUUGAUCAAAUGACAAUCCCAUCAAGUCUUGUAGAAGACGUUUAUGAUUGUUGGUUUGAGAGUGGGUCAAUGCCUUAUGCGCACAUCCAUUAUCCUUUUGAAAACAAGGAGCUUAUUGAGAAAAAUUUCCCUGGUCAUUUUGUAGCUGAAGGGCUUGAUCAAACUCGAGGAUGGUUUUAUACUCUUAUGGUGUUGUCAACUGCAUUACAUCGAAAAUCAGUGGUUCGAAAUGUGAUUUGCAAUGGUCUUGUGCUUGCUGAGGAUGGAGAAAAGAUAAGUAAGAAAUUACAGAAUUAUCCACCACCUUUGGAUCUCAUAGAUGAGUAUGGAGCUGAUGCUCUGUGGUUGUACCUGAUAAAUUCUCUGGUUGUUCACGCUGAGCCACUACGCUUCAAAAAAGGAGUACUUGGUGUUGUCAAAGAUGUGUUGCUUCCAUUUACAUGGUACAAUGCAGAUGGGUUCCUUGUUCAGAAUGCAAGGAGACUUGAGAUUGAAAGUUGUGGGCCCUUUGUUGCUAGUGAUCUGGAAGCUUUACAAUCAUCAAACGUUCUCGAUCAGUGGAUUCAGUCAGCUACGCAGAGUCUUGUCCAUUUCUUCCGCCAGGAGAUGGAUGGAUAUCGGCUUUACACUGUGGUUCCUUAUCUGCUGAAGUUCCUCGACAAGGGAGGGCUGAAGCGUGCAAACACUUAGACACUACACAAGAUAACGCCAAGGUGAGUAUUUAUAUUUUAAUUUAUUAACGAGUUUCCUUGUUCUGUUUUGCAGGAUUUUCCUUUUUAGUCUAGUUUAUUUUCUUUUAGUCCUUGAGUCAUUGUCUUAUGUAUUUUCGAGUUUAGUCCUUUAUUUAUUUGCUAUUGUCGACCCUAGAAGGUCACCGCUGCCGAGCUAUUAAUAAAGCUCCUCCUUCAGCGUUGUAGAAACAAUUUUUUGCCCUAAUCAAUAAAGAACGCAUUUUCUU